AUGGAGCAUCCACGGAGAGACAAGACGAGGGGCGGAUACUUCAGCAAUGUCAAGAACAGGCUGGGUACCAAGUUGCCCGCGGGAAUCACACGACCUCCCGGGUUCGUCACGGGACCCUGGGAUACGUCCUCCGGGCGUCACCGUAUCCGUAACCCCAAGCUGAGGCAGUAUUACCUCAAAGAGGCCGCGUUUCCUGCCGAUGUCCCAACAACGGAGAUCAAAUCAGAGGCUGAAUCCAGCAGGAACUCUGAGCAAGAGGUACAUCAGGAGGACACGGUGUUCAGUGUGGCCUCUCACUUUAGCAGCGUACCAGCAGAUACCAACCUAACCACACAGAAACUCUCUGCAACACAUCUCCAACUUUCCGAGCCCAAACUGGACGCCGUGAGCCCCAUGUCCCUGGUGUCGCCGUCCACGGACGCGGAGUAUGACAAGCUGCUGGAUGUGGAAGCGGUGCCGAUGCCCGACGGUCAGCUGUGUUUGCUGGCUCUCCCGCCGGAGUGCACACAGGGAGCGGGGUCGUCGGAUCUGCCGUACCUCAAACUCUUCUGUCGCUUCAUCACCGACCGCAAAGGCGUGGUCUCUGGGAUUCUGCUGGUGGCGGCCAAUAAGAUCUUCUUCGACCCGCACAAGUCUCUCCCGCUGGUCCGGGAGAACGGCUGUGAGGAAUAUCUGUUCUCCUGCGGCGUGGACGAUCUGUCGUCCGUCGCCUUCUUCUCCGAUGUCUCGCGCGUCCACUUCAGCCGAGCCACCAACAGAUGGAAAAGUCAUCAAAGAAAGAAAACAUCAAAGAGCAAAACAUCAAAAGACCCAAUCAAGAUCAAAAAGAUGCACACCUUACCUGAAUCAAAGGCAUCGCAGUCGCAGAGCAAAACCACUGCGGCUUCCACUGCGGUGCAACGUGACCUGCCAGCGGGCACGGGCGGGGACGGCAGGACGGACACUAGGGAGGAGGACGAGGAGGCCGAGGAGAGCAGGGACAUGGCCGAGGUGGAGCGGCACCUUGAGCGGCUCGCGCUGGAGUUAAAAACAGAUCCUUGCUCAGGAAAACAGAGCUCAGACCCGGACGUGCCAGCGCGGAGCUGUUUUGGGUCUUUGAUGUUCGUGAGGAUGCGCCAGAAGCCGCAGGUGGCGAGGAGAAAGGGAUUCGGGUCGCUGGAGCUGGGCAGAGCCAGAACGGUGCCGCCUAGAGACGCCUGGUUCGUCCUGCAGCAGGACAGUUCGGACGAGCUGUACGCCUACCUGAGCCAGCACAGGCCUGACCUGUGCAUCGUGGAGGGGGGCGAGGACGAGGACGUGUGGGACGAAGACGACUUUGUGAUCUUGGAUGACCGGGAGGAAGGAGAGGAGGCGUCUCCGGGAUACGAGCGCACUCGAGACGAGUGGGAGAUGGUGUUUGUGGAGGAGAGCAGGGUGAGGGAGUCUCCGCCCUUAGACAAGGAACCAGACGGACUGAGUGACAUCCUGAAGCAGAGCCUCAUACUAGACGCCCAGCAAGUCAGAGAGCUGUCGAACGAGCUGCCUCCGCGGACCGUGGGUCACCCGUGGAAAUUGGCGUACAGCACCAGCAAGCACGGCGCCAGUCUCAAAACGCUCUACAGGAAGCUGGGCGCCUCGGACUCGCCCGUCCUCCUCAUCAUCCGGGACCACAACGAGCAGGUGUUUGGCGGUUUCCUCUCGCACCCUUUGCGGCCCAGCGACACGUUUUACGGUACAGGGGAGACGUUCCUGUUCCUGCUGCGUCCCCGGUUUAAGUGCUUCCACUGGACCGGUGAGAACAUGUUCUUCAUCAAAGGAGACCUCGACUCGUUUGCCAUCGGCGGUGGAAGCGGACACUUCGGCCUGUGGGUGGACGAGGCGCUGUACGUGGGCAGGAGCAGCCCGUGCUACACCUUCAACAACUGCAGCUUAUCGGAGACGAGUGACUUCAGGGUGCUGGAGCUGGAGGCCUGGACCUUCUGGUGACGGGGGUCGUUUUUCACUACACGUAGUUGUGGAUGUGGAGAAGUAGCCGCUGAUGCGCCGCUGCCUUCACGUCAUCAUCACAUGAAAAUCUUCUUCCCCUUGAAGCUUCGAGUGGCCCAAAAUAGUGGAAAUUAGGUGCCGCUAAAUCCGAACUCUCAGUCUCUCAUAUAUGAUCGAUUACUACGCCUCCCGUCCCGCCGUCAUCGUGUAUACCCGGAAACGUUUUGAGGAUCCCUCGUAGAUUAGUGUGUUUAGCUGCGUCUACGUACGAGGUCGGGGCUUGUUUUGUAAAUAUACUGUGAAAUAAAAUGCUCUUUUUUAUUUGUAUCACUCCGAAUCCAUGAAGGCACUUAGUUGACGGGUACUGAAUAUAAUCCGGGGUACGGAAUUCGUGUCGCUUCGUCACACUGACUGAAAAGACGAAUUGAUUUGCCUCUCUGGGGUGGUGCUGGUGUGGCACGACUGGCCGGCCGGCUGAGGGAGGGAUGAUUAGGGGAGGUCAUGGGGGUGACUAUAGGGCUCUGUGAGUCUGACACUGAGAGGUGAUGGGGGAGCGUGACUGUCUGCCGCUCUCCUCGUCCCAAAAACAGCAUGUAAAUAAAAAAACUGUGUCCCAAAUCGCAGACUUCUGUGCUAAAUAGCAUGUAUGAUUAGUGCGUUUCGAAUGGUACAGUUUAAUUGCCAUUUAAUUUAUGUAAUGUAAGAAUAAAAACGUUUUAUCAUUUACAGCAAUAAAGAAAUUAAACACUUAAAA